UUUCUCACCUUCUUUCAGCCAAGUACAAGCGUAAACAGACUGCGCACUAAUGUGGACACACACAAGACGCAAUUGGAGGAGCAUCUCGAAAGGCGCUAUGGCCAGCACGCUCCGAGGAUCUAUGGCCUGGCGGAUCUGCCCGAAGUACUGUGCAUAGCUCCACUCGAGGCGGAACUGGUGCUGCGGGUGCCUGAUCCCGCGCUUAGAGAGAUCAUUGUGGACACCAGUUGCGGAGCUGCUCUGCUGCGGGGAGCUCACAUUUAUGCCCCCGGCGUUCUGGCCAUGGAGUCGAACACACAACUGCAGGAAUUCGUCAAUGUCUACGCAGACUUGGCCGGCAAAGGCAAGCGGGGUACAACCACGCGCUACGAGAGUUCGGAUAAGGUUUUCGUGGGUGUGGGCAAGGUUCUAAUACAGCGCUACCAACUGUACAAUAACAAGGAUGCAGCUCCGACAGGCAUCGCCGUUGAAAUGCAGUCGAAUGUCAGUGGCGUGCCCUCGCUGGGCGACCUCAGCAGCGCAGAUGCCCUGCUGCAAAAUCUGCCCUCUAUUGUUUGCGUGCGUGUCUUGGACCCACAGCCUGGUGAGCGCAUCUUGGACAUGUGUGCUGCUCCCGGCAACAAAACGACUCACAUUGCCGAACUAAUGGGCGAUCAGGGGUGUGUCGUGGCGUUGGAUAACUCUGCGAGUCGUGUGCGCGGCAUGCUGGCGAAACUGGACAAGUAUCGGAGCAUACAGGCUCACAUCUUUGACUCCACAAAGGCGGUGGCAGCGUCGAGCGAUGAGUCUUGCACAGCAGCUCCACCCUUUCCAUGCGGCAGUUUUGAGAGAGAAAAAUGCAUCGUUUUGCAUUUAAACAGGAAAAUACUCGUCUUAAGAAAUGCUAAAAUAAAAUGUAGACUAUAAUUAACAUUACAAUAGAUGUGAAUUGUAACUUCUAUAAGUCAUUUUAAAAUUUAGAAAUCUAAACAAAAUAUCAUUAUGUGUGGUUUAUUUCAUUUAUUCAUCUGAAAUUUGUGUCCAUGCUACAGAGAUCUAACAGAUAGAAAUCUCUCCGCUAAUGUUUCCAUAAAAGGAACCUCAAAUUCAAUUAAAUAAACCCCCGAUAAC